CGGUGGCAGCCCCCUCUCCCCCCUCCGUCCCCUCUUUGCUCUGCGCCAUGACAGCCCAGUGAGAGGGCUCAGGCCUGCGCCCGCCCAGCAUGGAUGAAGGGGAGUCUCAGGAGAUCGGCUUCCUGAGGGACCUGUCGGUGGGGAUGGACACUUUCAUCCACCGCAUUGACUCCACCGAGGUCAUUUACCAGCCCCGCCGCAAGCGGGCCAAACUGGUGGGCAAGUACCUGAUGGGGGACCUCCUGGGGGAAGGCUCCUAUGGCAAAGUGAAGGAGAUGCUGGACUCGGACACCCUCUGCCGCCGAGCUGUCAAAAUCCUCAAGAAGAAGAAGUUGCGGAGGAUCCCCAAUGGGGAGGCUAAUGUCAAGAAGGAGAUCCAGCUACUAAGACGCUUGCGACAUCGGAAUGUGAUACAGUUGGUGGAUGUGUUAUGCAAUGAGGAAAAGCAAAAGAUGUAUAUGGUGAUGGAGUAUUGUGUAUGCGGGAUGCAAGAGAUGCUGGACAGUGUACAGGAAAAACGUUUCCCUAUUUAUCAGGCGCAUGGUUAUUUUUGCCAGCUUGUGGACGGUCUGGAAUAUCUUCACAGUCAGGGCAUUGUCCACAAAGACAUCAAACCUGGGAAUUUGCUGCUUACAACAGACGGGACGCUCAAAAUCUCAGACCUAGGAGUGGCGGAGGCCUUACACCCAUUUGCUGAGGGUGACACAUGCAGGACCAGCCAGGGGUCCCCAGCUUUCCAGCCUCCAGAGAUCGCCAAUGGUCUGGACACCUUCUCAGGGUUUAAAGUGGACAUCUGGUCAGCUGGCGUGACGUUGUAUAAUAUCACAACUGGGCUGUACCCCUUUGAGGGAGACAAUAUAUACAAACUGUUUGAGAAUAUUGGUAAGGGAGACUACACCAUACCUGAGGACUGUGGGCCCCUUCUUUCUGACCUACUGAAAGGGAUGUUGGAAUAUGACCCAGCUAAGAGAUUCUCAAUUCAGCAGAUCCGCCGACACAAUUGGUUCAGAAAGAAGCAUCCCCAAAUGGACCCCCUAGUCCCUAUUCCCCCUAGCCCAGAAACAAAGGACCGCUGGAGGAGUCUGACUGUUGUGCCUUAUCUGGAAGAUCUGCACGGGUACAGUGAGGAUGAGGACCUAUGUGAUUUGGAGGACGAAAUCAUCUACACACAGGAUUUCACAGUGCCAGGACAGGUGCCUGAGGAGGAUUUGUUUGCACAGACGCAGAGCCAUGUUCCCUCCAAACAAGUGUGUAUGAAUGGCACAGAGAGCCAACUUAAGGCAGAAAGGAGGGUCAGCUCUGCAUCACAACGCAAGACUAGCACUGCGGGGAGCAAAGUACGCAAAUUAUCAGCCUGCAAACAGCAGUGACCAUAGGGAUCGCUUUGUAAGCUCACAUCUGGAGACUUCGGCCCCCUCAGUCUCCACGGGGAGAGAGAAUACGCUCCACUGAAGAAACAUCAGAUUGCUGCAGCAGAGGGAUCUGCCCAUUAAUUCUGCUCCCGCAACCUUUGCCUCAUCAUCUUCCCCACACACCUCUGGACCUCUAGGACAUGUUCAGUGUCCAGCAUCUGCUGCACUUUAUGACUUGAACUUGACCCUGCCCCAUUUUGUUUGUUUGACUGUAUACCACAUGUAUUAUACCUAAAUGAGGCAAGGGGAAUUGCCAGGAGCCCUAUCUGAGCCCUUAUUACAAAUAAUGCGAAUAGGGGCUGCUGGACUUUUUUUUUUUUCACACCAAACCCAUCUGUUGCUUGUGUGUUUGGGGUAAAGGAGCCCUGUGUUCACUACCACAGGUUGUUUAUUUUUUCCUUAGUGAUUAAACGUUUAUUUGGUUUCCACCA